CACUGCUGCGUCUGCCGCCAGUCGUGAUCUGGUUUCAACGCGCGGGGCUUCGUGUGUGUCAAGCCAUGAGGGAUUUGGCCACAAAAAUGGCUGAAUUAAAAUUUGAAGCGCCGCUCGCCCAGUUCGAGGAAUCCGACGAAUGGGGCUCUACCGAAUUCCAUUCGGUCAAUGCAAAAAACGAACUGAACAAUAUCAACACCAGCAAGAAAAACAAAGACCUGAACCAGGCCCUGGACGAAGAUCUCAUCAAUAACUCAAACGUGGAAGUAAUACCGCCAAAAUCGAAUGUGAUCAUGAGCGACACCACCACCACUACCACCACGGUCUCGGUGGCGGAUAAUUUUACGGAAACCUUUUCCGGCUCUCUAGAGGAUUUGGUCAAUACGUUCGACGAGAAAAUCACCAAGUGUUUCGGUAACUACGAGGAGUCGGUGGAGAAAUUGGCUCCGGUUCAAGUUCGGACCCAAGAAGAGAUCAUGAACGAAUGCCAGAUGUGGUGGACGAUCACGGGCAAUUUCGGAAACAUUUUGCCUAUCGAUUGGUCGAAAUCGUAUGCCAGAAAGUUGCAGAUCGAGGCACUGCAUUUGGAACAGCAACCGAUCACCCCCGACGAUGACCUGGAUCUCUCGUCCGAAGACGAGGCCGUCGCCAGCGACCUGGACAUGCACGCGCUCAUUCUAGGUGGUCUCGUCCCCGACGUCGAACCCUUAAAAACCGCGGACGAGGUGAUUCAAGAAAUCGACGACAUGAUGCAGGAGGAAAGCUCCCCGGACGAGUCUGCCAGGGACUCACUGAUGCUGGAAAACAAGGAGGUCAUAGAGAAGGCCAAGGAAGUGCUCAGCUCGCCGCUAUACGAAGACAAACUGCGCGACCUCAGCCUGUCACAGCUGAACGAACUCUUCCUCGAGCUGGAGGUGCUGAUCAGGGAGUUUUCCGAGACGCUGAUUGCCGAACUCGCUUUCCGCGACGAGCUGGAGUAUGAGAAAGAGCUGAAGAACACAUUCAUAUCGCUACUGCUGGCGGUCCAGAACAAACGGAGGCAGUUUCACGUGGAAAGGAAGCGGAAUUCGAAGGGCAACUCGGCGAGGACGCCCGGCGCACCGGAUCCCAAGUACUUGACCACCGUCAUCCCAUACCAUAUAGAUAAUGGUCCGCCCGACAACCAGACCCUCCAGAUUCUCAUCAAGAUUUUGAAAGCAAUCAACGAAGACAGCCCGACCGUUCCGACUCUGUUGACCGAUUAUAUACUGAAAGUCAUAUGUCCAACGUAAGCGGUCCUUAGCGUUUAAAGUAAUCUUCGUUGGCGUUAUUUUUAGCGUAACGCGCACAGACCUCUGAAAAAUAUAUAUACGAGACGGAUCGUUCCCGUUCAGUAAAACGAAUUUUGAAUACUGUAUUAGCGUCUAGGAGUGCGUAUACACUAGCGAGCUGCGCGUCUGCGCACUUAAUUCAUCUAGAUUGAUCCAUCUCCUGUCAGUUUUUCGACGGUGUUGCCAUUUAAUUUUCUCUUUUGCCGCCAACAUCGAUCAUUUCUUGUGCAAGUUAGCCAAUAAGAGGGAUGCACUACCCUUUACUAAAAUUGCAUAGUUCUUCUCGCGCGACAAAGACAUGAUUAAAACUCAAUGUUCUAUGCGCGCAACUGGCAAAUAUAUACGCACGAUAUAGCGUGAACGUUGUGUUUGAUUUAUUUGUAGUCAAUGAUUUUGCAAGAAUUUUAUGUAUGCGUAUGUGGCUGUGUGUGGUACGUAAUGUAAAAAGUUUUGCUUGGUCACAUUGUGCUUUUCCAUUUUUUAGAAUUAUUUUGACACUUAUUUUGAAAAUUUUAAACGCCUAUAUUUUCGGAGGUUUGCUGCGGAAAGCUUCCGACACGGGAGGACGAACCACGUCCACACAUAGAUAGUUUUGGGGCGCAGACGUUAUUUUUGAACGGGUCCCUCUCUCGUCCCUUUUCGUUCUCCACCCCUACGCUCUAGUCAAACAACAGCCGUUUAGCUUAGUUAAAAAAAAAGAAUCGCUUCGCCCGCUGCGGGACGCUUGAACUACCGUCUUUCACUGCGGUUGUUCGUUGUCCCAUACGUUUCGUACCGUGUUCUCGCAUUUACUUUGCGAUAAUUUCGUAACACGCCUCUUGCCAUAUUAUGUACGGGGCGUUUCGCAUUGGAAUCUCGGCGUUGAGAUCUCAUCGAUACGAUCUAUUUAGAAGAAUAUUGCGGGAAAACUAUACGAGUUUUUGAACUUUUUGUGCAGAAGUCUGUUUCCGAGAUGCCAAGGUUGAGAGUCCAAUUUCAAACGCCCGGUGUACGACCUUGUACAAAUUUCCUUCGAUGUUUAUAUGAACAUAAAUAUUUUUCUGUAUAUUUAAGGAAAAACGGGCGCAUCCGCCCGUGCGUAAAUGUUUUUAGUGUUUCGUCGAGAAUAAAACUGUGUAAAAA